GCAGAGCGCGGGAUUCGCCUUGGGGGCGGGAUCUGGCUCCCUCGGGGCUGAGCGGGGGAGCCCGAGCAGGGUGGGCCGGGCUGGCCGGGCCAGGCACUAGUUCAGACGAGGCGGGACGGCCCUGGACUGCAGCAGGAAGCCGGAAGCUCGGCUCCCGCUCCCAGAUAUGGCCGGGAUUAAAGCUAUUCUUGUUUUGUCCUUCAGUGCAGUCAUCGGACUGAUUUUGCUUGUGUCGGGAUGUGCCCUGCAGGCUGAUGGAACCUACUGGUCUCUGUUGGUGCUGAUAUUCUACGUGCUCUGCCCUAUCCCUUUCUUCAUUGUCAAAAGACUCUUGGAUGACCUGGAUGCCUCGACCAGUGCCUGUCAGGAGCUGGCGUACUUUUUCACCACAGGGAUCGUCGUGUCCGCCUUCGCCCUUCCCAUCGUCCUUGCACGAGUUUCUCUGAUCAAGUGGGGAGCCUGUGGCCUGAUGUUAGCGGGCAACGUGGUCAUUUUCAUCACCUUUCAAGCCGCCUUCUUUGUAUUUGGCAGAGGGGACGACUUCAGCUGGUAGCGGGGGCAGGACGUCAGCGGGCCGCCACUUUGGACUUUGUCCUGAUCACUCAGACUCCACGAGUUCCUCUUGGUGGAAGCGUGUGAGGUGAUGUUGUGUCACCCUCCUGCAUUGUUCCUGUGUUAUACAAUUUAUUAAGGGAAAGUACUAGCACUUAGAGUAAUGAUUCUAUUACCAGCAGAUAGUUCUGUCCCCAUAUUCAUAUUUAUGAGUUAUACUGUUUAGCUUCCUUUUAUUUCCACUAUUUUCCAAGCUUGGUUGUGUGUGUGUGUGUGUGUGUGUGUGUGUGUGUGUGUGAUUACUUAAGACAACUUUGCAGCCACAAAACUGAGCAUGUACAUCUAGGGAUAUUGCAGUUGACCCUUGAGUCGAAGACAGAAGCUGCUUGGGAGCACCAUAUUGGUGGAGUGGGAUGAUGGGAAUUGGCGCUUCCAGCGUAAAAUCCUUGCCGCAUAAUAGGUGCUUUAUCACUAUCAAUUAAAUUACCAAAGUCAUUUGUCCUGUCUGGGCAUGAAAUAUGGAGGUGGCAAAUUCUUUGGAACAGGGAUAUUUUAACCAUGUCCACAAAGGUCUGAAGAUAGAUUUUGGGGGAUCUGGGAAUGUAGAUGGAAAAAAAAUUGGGUCUUCAUUCCCACUAACCUUCUUUGAUUUGAUGUAUUUUAUUUGAUUCUGAGAAAGGAUCCCAAGGCUUUGCCAGAUGGCAGAGUGGGGUCCAUGAUAUUGGGGUUGAGAGCCCUGCUUUAGAGAGACAGUGGAGUGAAGUAGAUCAUGGGGCAGGCUUUGUGUUGGGGAACCUAGGCUCUGGUCUUUCUGGAUACAAUCUAGCUGGGGGACCCUGAGUAGAUCUCUUCAUUUCUCAGCCUCCACCCUGGCAAUUCUCUUGAAAACAAUUUGGA